AUGUACUCAACUCUGCCACGAUCACUAUCGGGCAAGUCAAAUACUAUUCGACUGCUAAAGCUCCGCGCUGCCCUCGAGCAUACUAUGAUCGAGUGCGACCUUGAAGUUGUUGAUCUUGAGACGCGUCCUCGGCUGGAGGCUUUAUCAUACGUGUGGGGCAAUCCAAAUCCACCCGAGGCCAUACUAUGCAAUGGCCAUCAGCACUCUGUGACACCGAACUUAGCGCUUGCGCUGAGGCGGAUCCGAUCGCCGUGUACCACUAGAACCGUUUGGGUUGAUGCUAUCUGUGUGAACCAAGAAGACCUCGAGGAGAGAUCGCAACAAAUUCAGUUGAUGAGAGAGAUCUAUAGCCAGGCUUGGAGAGUGAUUGUCUGGCUUGGAGAAGAUAACGGGCUCGCUGAAACAGCAAUUCAAACUAUCAAAUGGUUUGCAGCAGAAUGCUGUGCCAAGAUCGGGAAGUCGCUUGACGCGAUUGAUUUAGAUAUGAACUCUCCGAUGGAUCUGCAACUACGGAGUUAUACCUCAACUACCGCAAGACUACAGCGCCCAACUCCAAUACAAACUCCCAAUGAAUGGCAGGCAAUAGAGUGGUUCUAUGACCAACCUUGGUUUUCAAGGGCCUGGGUUGUCCAGGAAGUGGCAUUUGCACCACCAGUAUUCUAUAUUGGUCCGUUCGAAAUUGGCUGGAAGGAGGUCGCUGUUACGGCCACUUGGAUCGGUUGGAAUGUGACUCACCCUUAUAACACCAAGCUCGUGGAUGUCUAUGAGAGGGCGGAGGAGAUAUUUAAGCAAAGGGGAAAUUACAGACCCUAUUUGGAGAGUCUUAUCGCUGGAGGCUUGAUAAUGUACUCAAAAGCGACUGAUCCAAGAGACAAAAUCUAUGCCUUCCUGGGGCUGAUGCAUGAAUCGGACCGUAAGGGUGUCUUGCUCCAGCCAGACUACUCAAAAUCAGUCGUACAUGUAUAUGGCGAUGCUGUCCGCCAUAUGAUCCAGCAGAAUGAAGACGACGCUAAGUAUAAUUUGACCGAAGCCUUUGCUAGCAUCGAAAGCUCUAAUACUGGAACCGAGGGCUUUCCAUCCUGGAUACCUCGAUGGGACAACCCAUCGAUGUUGAAAAAUCCCUGGUACCGGCUUCGCACCGGAUUCCUGGACCGAGGAUGGAGUGCGAGUCGCGACAAAGUCCCCGAAGUACGAAAUGUCUCAGAUCGGGAAAUUCUUGUUCUGAAGGGCCUAAAAGUAGCAAACAUAAGUCGCGUGUUCCCAUUGCAAAGGAAAUCAGACGACGCUGACUGGCUGACGCAUAUCUGGAAAGAAAUAUCGGUUCUACUUGAUGCUAGUCCGUGGGCAGAGACAAAGGAACUCGUCCUUCUCAAGGCCAUAGGCUCUCUUUACUCGGAUUUUAACGCGAAUAUUGAAUCUGUACCCGUAGAGGGUUACAAGUUCCUCUUAGAGAUGGUCCUUGUAAGUUGCUUUGUAAGUUGCGGUGGUGAGCGGGACGAGGAGGGUCACUAUAUCAGUGAGUCAAAUAUACAGGAAGAUUUGGAUGCAUACGACACAGAUCCUACGUUGUCAGGCAUGAUCAUAGAAGCAAAUUUGAGCGAUUGUGGUGAUCUUGCUCGUUUUAUUAACGAGUGUCCCUUCUCUUUAUUCAUAACAGAGGAUAAUAACCUGGGGGCUGGUACCAGAGAUGCAAGAGCUGGUGAUCUCGUGUCCAUCCUUUAUGGUGGGGAGCCCCCUUUUCUUCUUCGCCAAGCUGGCGCUCAAUGGAAAUUCAUGGAGGCGUGCUACAUGAAUGGUGCGAUGUAUGGAGAGGCUAUUGAGGAAUUGAAGAGAGGAAAACUAGGCGAAGAGUGGUUCGAGAUUCGAUGA